CUGACCGUACCUGAGCGAUAGGGAGCUCGGUGGUCUGGCGUUUGCAGUAUCCUGCAGAGAGAUGUCUGCGUGUGGUAAUUUUCAGGCACAAGUGACGUCGAUCAUGGAGAUUUUAUGCAGAACGGCAGCCGAAGAAAUCGGCAAACUGCUGGAGGACAGAUGCGCGGUGUUGCACGUAGAGGUGUGUCACUACCGCAGUGAGAACGAGGCGCUGAGGAGAAAAGUGCGGGCGAUGGAGCGCGAGCUGCGGCAGGCAGAGGAGUCCAUUUCCUGCCAUUUGGAACAUGUUCAUGGGAAGGAGCUGAGUAGCAGCCUCUGGAAAGAAGUUCCAGCCUCUGAUGUGCAUAAGAAUGACGGCCCUAAACAGUCGGAAGCUUUAGGGCAGGAGUUUAAAGACCCAGGAGAGAAGAGUCCUGCAUCGCUUUUUAUUAAGGAGGAGAGCCAUGAGGAAGACUCAGAGAACAGUGACCCACAGGGGGGACUGAAAAUCACCAAAGCUACAAAGACUGUUGCUGUCACUUUAGAGAGACAAAGGCUCCCUGGACCUGCAUCUCCAUUUGAAUGCGAGACCUGCGAGGAGGAAUACAGUGUGCAUGUCUUGCCUGCUGCAAACCAGGAGCACAUCCCCAGGCAGAACUGGUUGGGACAUAGUGAUGUGGAGCUCAGGGAGCUGGACAUGGGGACAAAGACAGAGCAGGCGGAUGAACUUGAAGUUACCAGGGCCUCUCAGUCUGGAUUUGAACCUAACACAGGGAGACGGUUCAGUCAGGCUUUCCUGACCAUAAAGGAGAAGUGUACCAACUGGCCAUUAUGUACAGAAACAGACUGUGAAAGAGAAGCUGAUAAACUAGAUAAGGGUUCUCCUCCAGCACAGCACUCACAGCCAAGUACAGGGGACCAGCACUCUGUUCCUACCAGAAGAGCAGGGUCUGGGCUGCUCACAUUGGAAUACUUUGAUGCAAAAUCACAUGUUGACUUGAGUUCAGUUGCGAUGAAUGACACUGACAGACUCAACACUGAGAGGAAGAACUCAAUGAUGAGAGAAGAUCUAAUGAUGCAGUCCUACCAGCAGCACCAUUCCAUGGAAGGACAUAUGACAGUGACUAACGGUGCAGUGGAGACUAAAAGUCGACCUGUGGAUGCAUUUGUGCUGUGCAGCAAAAGGCUGAACAUGGCGAAGCGAGUGGAGAGGCACAGGAAGUUUAGUGUGAAGGAGAAGCAGUUUCUUUGCACACACUGUGGAAAACAUUUCACUCGCUGUAGCCACCUUAUAAUACAUCAGCGAUGUCAUACAGGAGAAAAGCCAUAUUGCUGCUUACAGUGUGGGAAGCGCUUCAGCCUGAGGUGCAAUCUCAUCACCCAUCAGCGAAUCCACACAGGAGAGAAACCAUUCAGCUGCACACAGUGUGGAAUGUGCUUUGCUCAGAAAUCUAGCCUAAAAACACAUGAGCGAAUUCAUACUGGAGAAAAGCCUUUUCAUUGCGCUCAGUGUGGGAAGCGAUUUGCUCAGUCUAGCAGUCUUAGAACACACCAAAGGAUUCACAGCAGGAACUGAGAAGUCACCUUAUGGCAGGAACACAUCGUUAGGUCACAUUUACAUUUAUUCACUUAUCCGACACU